UCACAUUCCCAAUUUACCCCUCGCCGGAAAAAAAACACAUAGCUACCCUUCUGUUCAUUUCCCGAUGCCGGCAACGUUCGGACUCGCCGCUCUUCCCUCCUCCUACUGCUUCACCUCCGCCAGGUUUAUCCGGCGGCCGAGUUUCGAAUCAGCGAACCACCGCCGGUUGUCGAUCCGUUCCGUGGCAGCAGAGGCCGGACCGGUGGUAACUUAUUCUCGGCGGCCGGCGGCGAGUCACUACGAGGUGCUGCGAGUCGAGAAGGACGCGUCGCCGACGGAGAUCAAGUCGGCUUACCGGAGCCUGGCGAAGCUCUACCACCCCGACGCGGUAUUGCGGCGGUCGCCGGAGACCGACGGCGGAGACUUCAUCGAGAUCUGCAACGCGUAUGAGACCCUUUCAGAUCCGUCAGCGAGGGCGAUGUACGAUCUGUCGCUUGCGGUGGCACGUGGUGGGAGGAACCGCCCGUUCUCGGCUCCGAUGAGCCUGAAUCGGGAUUCUGGGUUUUACCCGACCCGGAAAUGGGAAACGGACCAAUGCUGGUAGAAAGAGCUUUUAACUUUGCUUUGGCAAAUAACAAUGAAAAGAGAAAAGUUAUGGGGCUUAUGAAAGAGACAUUACGAUAAAGUGAUUGGGUUAUGAAAGUUACUAACUUUAGCUACAUACAUACAACAAAGAAAAAAACAAAAACAAAAAAUGAUGUAAAUU